CAUUUCUUGACUACUAAAUGUCAAAUGCGGUAUCUUAAACUUGACCCUAAUAUUGAUUGUUUUCUAGAUAUAUAUAACUAAAAUUAAAUGGUAAUAUAUUUUCUUGAUUAUAAUACAUUUUAGUUUGCUUCAAAAAUGGGUGAUACUGAUGAUUUUUUCGAUGGUGACGGGACAAUGGAAUCUUUACCAACAUCACCUGAAGUCACCUACAACUGGGUUGAUAUUACAACAGAUUUUUUUAAAAACAUUCAAGAUCUUCAAUUAGGCGAACUAUUGCAUGAUGGACAUCUAUUUGGUUUAUUCGAGGCGAUGUCGGCCAUUGAAAUGAUGGACCCCAAAAUGGACGCAGGAAUGUUAUGUAACAGAGGCAAUCCGAAGCCACUAAAUUUUCAGCAGGCUGUUUUGAGUGGCAAAUUAAAGAUAGAUGACUUGGAACCAAGUGAAAUUAUAGGAAUCAUAGAUGCAACAGUAGCUUGUAUUGUUUCCUGGUUGGAGGGACACUCUCUAGCACAAACUGUAUUCACUAAUGUUUAUUUACACCAACCUCAUUCAAUUAUAAAUAGUCCAUUGAAAGCAUAUUGCAUCGCUGUCUACAAACUCCUGGAUUGUAUAAGAGACUGUAUAACGAAGGCACAAGUGUUUGAAGAGGAAGAUUUUCUUCCUAUGGGCUACGGUUAUCGUCUUGGUUCAAAUCUUCAAUCAGGAAACCAACAUGAUGCCAGCUUAGAAGUCAGUGAACAGAAGUGUAUAUCAAUGUUACGUGAACAGGAAGAAGAGCUUAAUAAAAAAGCUAGAAGUCAAGAAGAUGAGGCUAAUAACUUAUGGGCUGCAUUAGCGGCCAGAAUACGAUUUACGAGGAUGUUCUAUCAAGCGCUGCUCUUAAUAACAAAGAGGGAUUCCCAGUCCGGCGCGGAUUGUGUUGCUCUAUUGAACGGCUGCUCUGAAAUGAUGAAGGUCAUUAUAAAGACUGCUAGUAAAGGAACACAACCGCUUGAAAACCUAGAUAUACCCAACCCAAUGGGUUUUGAACCGAUGAUAAACCAGCGCCUCCUACCGCCGACGUUUCCUCGAUACACGCGCAUCAAGCCGAGACUCGAAGCGUUGCAUUACUUCGACGAUCUCGUCACUAGACUCCGACACGCAUGGAAGAUUAAAUCGUGCACGAAUUUUCACACCGCAUUGGACUUUUUCAUGGAGUUCAGUCGUCAACGUGCAUGUAUACUCUCUAGAUCUGCUCUACAGUUGCUUUACCUGAGUCCAUCCCCAGCGAUAACGGCCUCUAUGGCUCAGAGUAAUGUCAGCAGUCCUCAAGGACGGCAGCGGCCUCAGCAUGCCUUUAUUGAAAUCCUGAGAGAAUCUGUAAAGACAUUUGUAAAUCCACCGGCACUCGCCCUGAAGCCAAGCAGUGGACCGAAUCCACCAGCUCGAGAGUUCGUCGAGAAUUUCCUGGUGCGCUGUGUGCGGCCGUUCGCGGUGCUGGUGCAGGUGUGCGGGCACAACCGCGCGCGGCAGCGGGACAAGCUCGCACUGCUGCUGGACGACUUCGCCGCCUUGCAGGAAGAGGCGGAGAGCGUGGACGCGCUGGUGGGCGGCGCAGUAGGCUCAGCUCCACGCGCGUGCUUCGGCACGUGGAUCCUGUACCACGUACUGCGCGUCAUGAUCGCCUACCUACUGUCCGGCCUGGAGCUGGAGCUGUACAGCGUGCACGAGUACCACUAUAUCUUCUGGUACUUGUACGAGUUCCUGUACAGCUGGAUGGUGUCUGCGCUGGGGCGCGCCGAAAACCUAUCGGGGGAGCGCAAGGACCCCAAACGGAUCGCAGCCCGCAAGAAGAAACGCAGCCGACCGUACGCCAGGGAGGGCCUCAUGUGUCAGGUCAUGCAGAACAUGUGCGGCGGGUACUUUAAGGCUCUAGUCGCUUUUAAACUGCAAGGGAAGAUCCGGCAGCCGCAGUCGGAGUUCGACAACGAAGCGGUUCGCUACAAGCAUAGAUUCGCGCCGCUCUCAGUACUCACUCCCCCGCAGGUUCAUUACCACGAGUUCUGUGAAAUGACGCAGCCAUUACAAUAUGAAAAUCCUAUAAUUCUGUAUGUAGCUGGAUGCAAACAUUUCCAGCAAGCGAGAACGUUUUUAGAAACGAUCACAACACCGGACCAGGAGGUAACCGAUCUUCUGAAAGUGGCAAAAACCAACUUUGUAGUGUUAAAAUUGUUAGCCGGCGGUCACAAGAAGGAUUCGACGACGCCUCCUGAAUUCGAUUUCUCUGUGCAUAGACAUUUUCCUAUAAUAAAAUUAGUGUAAUGAAUUUUAUAUGAUAAACAUUUUUACUCUCUUUAACACAUUUUAUACAAAUGAUUUUUUAUAUGGAGAGUAAAUUCAAUUGGAAAAAAAAAUUAUAUAAUAAUUAUAAAUUAUUUAUAAUUAUGGAGUUUUAGUUCAAUUACUUGAAGGGCAUAGUGGACGGUGUAAUUGUACAUAUACUGUAUUAGUAACGUGUUUAAAUAAAUA